UGAGACUCUUUUUAACUUAACCAAUUCAGAAUUUUUUUUUCUCUUUUUUUUUUUUAAUAAAUACAGAGGAAAAGGGAAAAUUGGAAUCAGAUGUAAAACCCUCCUCUUCAAAAUUCUUCAAAUCAGAGAAUUACCAAUUCAAAUCAAAAGGGAUACAGAGAGAGAUGGCGUCGUCGUCCAGCAGCGGCCUAACGUUCAAGCUCCACCCACUCGUCAUUGUCAACAUCUCCGAUCACUACACUAGGGUCAAGUCUCAGUCCCUUCCGCCUCCCGCCACCGCUCACUGCGCCGCCCACAACAACGUCGAAGCAUCGUCGCUCCCUCCUUCUCCUCCGCCUCGCGUAUUCGGAUGCGUCAUCGGCGUCCAGCGCGGCCGCACCGUCGAGAUCUUCAACAGUUUCGAGCUUCUAUACGACGCCUCCACCAAUUCACUCGACCGAGCUUUUAUCGAGAAAAAGCAAGAACUAUAUAAGAAGGUGUUUCCGCAAUUUUAUGUUCUGGGAUGGUACUCGACGGGGAGCGAUGCGCAAGAAUCAGAUAUGAUCAUUCAUAAAGCUCUAAUGGAUAUCAACGAGAGCCCGGUUUUUAUUCUUCUCAACCCUUCAAUUAAUCAUGCACAGAAAGAUCUUCCUGUUACAAUUUAUGAAAGUGAGAUGCAUGUCAUUGAUGGCAACCCCCAGCUUAUUUUUGUUCAGUCAAGCUACACCAUAGAGACAGUAGAAGCUGAAAGAAUAUCAGUCGAUCAUGUUGCCCAUCUUAAACCAUCUGACGGAGGUUCAGCUGCAACUCAGUUGGCUGCUCAUCUUACGGGCAUACAUAGUGCCAUCAAGAUGCUGAAUAGCAGAAUUAGAGUUCUUCAUCACUAUCUUCUAGCCAUGCAGAAAGGUGAUACUCCGUAUGAAAAUUCAUUGCUGAGGCAAGUAUCUAGUCUCUUGCGAAGAUUACCUGCCAUUGAAUCUGAAAAAUUUCAAGAUGAUUUCUUGAUGGAAUACAAUGAUACGUUGUUGAUAUCAUAUCUUGCCAUGUUCACCAACUGCGCAAGUACAAUGAACGAGCUGGUGGAGAAAUUCAACACCGCUUACGACAGGAAUAGUCGCAGGGGCGGUCGAACUGGUUUUAUCUAAACGCAAUCGUCUCUUUUGUCAUCAAGAAGAAGAUAGCUAAUUCAUAUUUAGGAGUUAUUGCUUUUUGAGUAUUGUAAUAUUAUUAUCGGCUACCUAUUUCACUUUCAGCGUAUAUUUGGCCCCCGCGAUUUCAAAAUCUCGUCGCUGCAAUUAGAACAAACCCCAUGGUCACGAAUAGUACAGUUAGUUUUGUCUUCAUCCGUUCGCCUCGGUACUGAAAUCUUAUGUAGUUUGCAUAUCAUUUUAUUCUGUUUUAUGUUCAAUUGAAUGAAGGGUAGCCAGGUAAAUACUCCA